AUGGAAGUAGCUUACAGCAGUGUUUUAGGUCAACCUCAUCUGUCACAUCUACCACAAAGACCACCCAUACAUCUUGGAUUCCAGGAUCUAUCUUACAGCGUACCUGAUGGAAAAUCGUCAAAAUUAAUAUUAAGAGGCCUCAAUGGUGAGUUCCGUUCGGGUCAGUUGACAGCUAUACUUGGUCCAUCGGGCGCUGGGAAGAGCACUCUACUCAAUAUACUAGCCGGAUACAGAGUAAGUGGUUCAACGGGAUUAAUCUCAACAAAUGGCGAGCCCAGGAACCUUCGAUUAUUUAGGAAAUUAUCCAGAUACAUCAUGCAAGAGGAUCUAUUACAGCCUCUCAUCACCGUACAAGAGGCUAUGGAAAUGGCCGCCGACUUGAAACUAGGCGGUGGAAUCAAGAAAGCUGAGAAGAAGAUUAUAGUAAAAGAAAUUAUACAAUUAUUAAGGCUGAAUAAGGCUCGGAACACAUCUAGCGAGCGUUUGUCUGGAGGUGAACGGAAAAGACUUUCCAUCGCUUUGGAGCUUGUCAACAAUCCGCCUGUGGUCUUUCUUGAUGAACCAACGACAGGUCUAGAUGACGUGGCAUCCUCAACGUGUGUGUCACUCUUGAAGCGCGUGGCACGAGGUGGUAGGACGGUAGUAUGUUCGCUCCACACGCCGUCUGCUCGUCUGUUUGCGAUGUUCGACCACGUGUAUGUGGUGGCUGGUGGUAGAUGCGCCUACCAAGGCUCAUCUGCUGGAGUGGUGCCAUUCCUUAAUGAACUGGCCCUGCCGUGCCCGAGGACGUAUAACCCUGCUGAUUUUAUCAUAGAGGUGUCGAGUGGUGAAUACGGUUCACACGUGGACAAGAUGGUUACUGCUGUGGAUAAUGGAAGGUUGCAAAAAUGGAGACAAUACGCUUUAGAGGAAGAGUGUCAAGAGAUGGAGAUAGAACAGUUGAAUACAGACGUAGUAGAAAACCAUGUGUACAAGUAUGAGAGCUCCACGUGGCAACAGUUCUAUGUUCUGUUGAAGAGAAUGAUACUACAGACGGCCAGGAAUAGGGACUACCUCUGGCUACGUGUUGGUCUCCAUCUAUUUCUGGGCGGUAUAGUUGCUGCUCUUUUUAGUGAGAUGGGCAACGACGCGUCUAAAACUUUAUUUAACUUCGGUUUUUGCUACGCCUGUAUCAUUGCCAUGCUCUACACAACUAUGAUGCCCAUAUUAUUGGCGUAUCCUACAGAAGUAUUACUGGUGAAACGCGAGUACUUCAAUCGCUGGUACGGUUUAAAACCUUACUAUUUGGCGUUAGUAGUGUCUCGGACACCAGUCACUAUGUUCUUCUCCCUCAUGUACCUGGGUAUAGUGUACCCUCUGACAUCACAACCUCUGGAACUGAACAGAAUAUUAAUGUUCAUGACCAUAUGUAUAUUGACAGCAUUGAUAUCGGAAUCGAUGGGCACUUUGAUAUCGUCUACUCUGAGCGUUGUUAACUCAAUGUUCGUGGGUCCGGUAAUAUCUGUUCCGUUGAUGUUGCUGUCCGUAUACGGUAUCGGAGAUGGUGAUGUCCAGCCUCCUAUGUUGUGGAGGCUGGCGCGGGCCUGCUCCUUCAUGAGGUACGGCCUCGAAGGCCUGGUGGCAGCGGUGUACGGACCUCCACGGGCCGACCUGCCAUGUCCCGAACAUGUGGUGUAUUGCGAGUAUAAGAAUGUGAGGUACUUCGUGAAGCUGAUGGGUAUGUCUGGAGUAUCGUUCUGGUACGACUUCUCCGUAUUACUCUUCAUACUCUUCUGUAUGAACAUCGGCGCCUAUUAUUUAUUAAGACAAAGACUUUCGCCGAACUACGCGUUCAAAACAAUCAAACUCAUCGGAAGGUUCGUUAAAACUAAAUUAAAAGUUUAG